AUGUCGAGCUCGCUCCGGACCUGGUGCCGGCGGAACGAGUACAGCUUCGUCGUCGCCGACUACCACGGCGUCGGCCGGUCCACGGGCGACGUCGAGCAGGCGACGCUGUCCAAGUGGGUCGACGACACGGUGACGCUGCUGCGGACCGUGGCGUCGCCCGAGGAGCACCGGCGCGUCGUGCUCGUCGGCGCGGGCGUCGGCGGCUGGAUCGCGUGCCUCGUCGCGAUGCGCCACCCGGACCUCGUCGGCGGCGUCGUCGGCCUCGCCGCGGACCCGGACUUCACCGAGGAGCUGCUGUUGAAGCGGCUGCCCCAGGACGUCAUCGACCGCAUCAUGGAGGGCAUGGAGGAGGUCACGUGGGGCGACAAGACGUACCCCAUCACGAAGGCGCUCAUCGAGGACGCGCGCGAGCACCACCUGCUCCUCGACGGGCCGGAGCGCACGCUGCCCAUCCAGUGCCCCGUGCGCCUCCUCCACGGCCUCAUGGACGAGGAGGUGCCCUUCGACACGUGCGUGCGGCUCGCGCAGCGCAUCGAGACCGAGGACGUGACCAUCUCCCUGUCCAAGAGCGGCCACUACAUGGACGACAUCGACGACAUGCAGCGCACGCGCAUCGCCAUCCAGGACUGCCUCGAGUCCAUCUUCGUCUACGACCUCCGGUCGCCGACGUCGGGCUGA